GCGCGGCGCCACCUCGAGGCCCGCCCGCGGUCUGUCUGCGGCGCUGCCUGCGCCCGCGCCGGGGCCCGCCGAGCCGCGCCCGCGCCUCGUCGCCGAGGGCGCUUCGCUGCCGAGGAGCCUGCGGCCUCAGUGAGGCGGAGUGAAAAGAUCAAUCAAGAUCAGAAGGGGAGAGCGCAAAAACGCUGUUGUGCUUAAAAGUCUGAUAACUGUGACCAGGAAGCUCUUGCAUUACUUGCCUUCUGAUAGUUUUUUUUGCAGUAGAACUGCGUUGUGGUGUGUGGCAUCUCAUAUCUGCACAAAGAACGAGGGCUGAAGGAUUGCAAUAAACUGCACCUGUACAGUUCUCUUGCUGGAGAAAGACAACUCAACCAUGGCAAACCAGGCGUUUUCCCCAGAGGCUGCUUUCCCUCAUGGGAGGCGGAGGGAGAAAUGGGACCCCAGGCUUCUUUCAAGGGCAAGCAGGAUUUAAUGGGAAAGAAAAGAGAAUGCCUCCAGGCCUAUAGCUGGUGGAGAACACCGCAGAAAAAACGAAAGAAAAAGAACAAAAUAAAGCCAGGAAGAAUUGAGUUUGUUAGUAGUUCAACCAGACCGGAUUAUUCAAUAUUUGUUGGGGAGCUCACCCCAGAAGUGGAUGACUUCCAGCUCUAUGACUAUUUCCUGAAGAGGUACCCUUCAUGUAUUGACUGCAAGAUAGCAACAGAUCUACUGGGAUAUUCCAGAGGGUAUGCCUAUGUCAGAUUUGGUGAACAAGGUGAUCAGAUGAGGGCACUGCAAGACUGCCAGAAUGCGCCAGGUCUGGGGGGAAAACGAAUUCGGCUGAGCAUAGGAAUUUCUAAAAGGCUGAAAGCAGAAUUCCAGCGGUACCAGUCAUAUAACUACAAUGAUUAUUACCAAGAUUAUCAGAACUACUACUCGCAGUGGAAUUAUGAUCCUUAUGCUGACUACAACUAUAGCUCCUAUGCUCCCUAUGAUAGCAUGCAAGCUGUUGGAGACUGCUCUUUGGGAGAUGCUGUUAUGGCUCCAGCUGUUUUUGAGGAGACUUCAGCUAUGGCUGAAAUCAGUGAUGACCUAAUAAUUGAAGAUCCACAACUUCACUUGGAUAUUGAUGAAAUGAACAGACAAUUUAUGGAGACAAGUGAAGAAUUCUAUGAUUCGCUCAUGAAUUGUCACUGGCAACCUCUGGAUACGGUCACUUCUGACAUCCCCUUUGCUAUUUAAGUGUCUUAUAUAGCAUGACCGUUAUGACCAAGGUGCUAAAACUACGUUUCUUCUAUAUUGCUCUAGAUCAUAAGUUUUAAAGCACAAUGAUAAGUUGGGUUUUUUGCUAUGCUUUUGACAGAUUCUGUAAUCUCUUUUGUUCAUCACUCUACUCUUGAAGCAUCUUGAAAUCAUGUAAAUAUUCUAGAAAUGUAAAGAGUUAAAUGGGGUCUUAAAGAUAGACUUGCCUGUGUAAAUAAAAUUUUGUUUCCGCAAACCUGCCAGCAAGGGAUUUUACUCUUACAUGUGUGCAGCACAUUCUCUUCUGGCUUACAGAAUUUAACUGGAAUAUUUCAUCUAUUGUUGAUUUGGAAUUGGUGUCAGGCCAUGGACAACAACUAACUCUUCUAGUUUUCUAGGUUUCUUAGAUAAUUAUUUUUACAAGCACUUAACAUGCUUGUUUAGAUAAAAGUAUAUCCAGGAGAUGUUUCCAGGGUUUGCUAUGGGGACACUCAUGCCCACUGUUCCUUCUGCAGUCUGUUGGAGCUAACUGUGCCACUGUUGAUCUGCUAGUCAGUUAAAACUACUUUAUAAGUGUGGUGUAUUAAACAGGAGUGCAGACUUUGGGGUGCCACAGCUGCAAGUAUUCCAUGAACUAAGGAUGUUUUCAGCUGACCAUCUAUGCCCCAGCAUGCAGCUUCUCCCUAAAGUCUCCUCCUGCCCCUUCUGUAGCCUUCUCAGCUGAUGCUUUACAACAGAAACUACUAUAACAUUCUUAAACCUAAAAAUUCAUGGAGGAAAUAACUUUCUGGUUUAGAGAAGGAAGAAUAACCCACUACCACCAACAAAAACCCAUUAACAACUUUGUGCUGUGUCCUAAUCUCCACAACUGGAUCGGUCUUCCUGAUGCUCAGAUUGUAUGCCAACAUUGGAGGUGUUUUUUAAUGAUGAGGUUGUAAAAUUUUUUUUAGUAGAGUGCCAGUCUUCAGUAUUGAAGUUGGAGGAGUAGGGGAGAUGAUAAUGAGCAGAGUGCUGCUUUAUUAGCCAGCCACCUCUCUCAGUAAGUUUCCUUACUGUUAAACUGCCCUCAUCUUGAAGGGCAUGAAGUACUUUGUAGUCACAGACUACUUAACAAUAUAGAGGCAAAAGUAUUCACUAAUAAACAGUGUAUAGUGAUAACUUAGGCUGGAAGCAGAAUUUAGCUUAAGUAGUAGCUGUGGAAGCAACUAAAACAAGUCAAGGCACUUGCCACAUGGCUGCUGCCAUGUGUGUUUUGGGGACAAGCUAAAGCAACUGUUAGAUGCAGGAAUCCAUUUCUCCAGCCUUUUAAUGACAUUAAUAAUGAAGGUGAUGAUUGUCAGCCAUGUAUGGACUUAAUUCAAUACAGGAUUUGUUUUACAUUUUAUUUUGGUAAUACUGACCUGUCAUUUCUAGCUCCUGACCAGAAACUCCUCCUACUCUCUUUGCUGUUUAACUUGUUAGCAUAUUUUCACUGUGAAAAUAUUCCUGUCAGAUACAGAAAUCUAAAAAGGCAAGGCUCUGUGUACCAUAGGAGCUUCUGUUCUUUAUUUUUGCAGCUAUAUGUAGGAACAGCCAGAAGGCAAAGAACCUCAUGUAGGCAAGGGAGUGGCAUCAAUGUGUCAGCAAUUGCCCCCUUACUUUGGGGGAGAGCUAAUUGCUAGGUAGCUGGGAAGAGGGAUUUGGGCGAUUCCCUUGUGUGAACUGAUGAGUGUUUGGAGGGUGAUGGUGAGGAGCAUAUUUAUGAGAAUUUGAUGGAAGGUGGAAGUAAAAUAGAUGGAGAAAAGAACCUGACUGGGUGGGAAAAGGGUUGCCUGCAUGCAUACAUGGAAUUGUUUUAAGAGAGUGAGGUAGGGGAGGACUGUUGAGAGAGUAAAUGUAAGCUCCUUGAACUUGAAUGGGAGUGUGAAAGCUUUGAAAGCUUAGAAACUUUGAUGCCAACUUUAAUGCAUAGCUGUGGUGCUUGAGCUUAGUAGUAAAAGCUGGUCUCCUACACAGAGGAUUUUGAAGCUAGUAGGUAAUACCAACAUGAGUAGCAAGGGUAUGUAGGAAGGAUGGCAGGCAGCGUCCACCUCUGCACAAGUUACAUGGUGCUUGAAGUGGCUUGCAUAGCACCACUUUACACUGCAGUUGCAUUACAGCAAGUAGUCUGUGGAAAUCUUUUGUGGUAUCAAUUAAAAAAAUGUGAUAAUAAGAACGUGUCGGCCCAUAAGAAAUGCUGACUGAUUGCUCCUAGAGUAUAUGUGCUGAAUUUUGGCCAUUGGGAGUUUGAUCCAUAAUAGGUAAACUGUGUAAUGUGGGGCCCAGGUAGCUAUGUGAUUUCACUUAGUCUGACAAUGUGGCAGUGACAGCACCACACUAUAUGAACCUCAGUAGAAGUCUCAGUCCAUAGCUACCACAUUCAUGCAAUUUUCCCUCUGUGCUGUACACACGUGCACCUUCUGUUCUGGAAUGUAAAUUACCUCUAUAAGGGAAGUACCAAUUUUGUACAUCCAGUGAAAGAGGUUGGGCCAGUAGUGGGUAUAUUGUGUUGCAGUCAACUUGAGAGGAGGAAAAAAAACCCCAUAUGUUGGUUGCAGCCCCCCACCACCACCACCUUUCUUUUGGUCUCUCCUGAGACUUACUGGCUGAUUCCCUUUUGCAGUCAGGAAUGCACCCAUGGGAUUGGGAGUGUUACAGUGUUUAGGGAGUGAUUAUAGUGCAGGUUCUUGAUUGUAGAAGCAUCCUGAAUGCAAAGUUUCUUCCUGGGUUGGUAUUACCUCUAAACCUCAAAUAUAGGAAAGAGUGUUUUCAUUAGAACUGUUGGAAUGCAUUGCUGAGAUUUUUCUGAGUAAACCUCCAGUUUUAGUGACUAACAUGUUGGCUUAUACAAAGACCAGAACACAUCAUAGGAGUGUCUGCCAUCAGUUCCACAAAGGUGUGAUUGCAGUGGGAGCUUUCCUUAAACAAGGAAAGGCAACCUUUUCAACACCACCAUAUCUCACUUCUGUUUCUCUAUUUUGUCUCUAUUUUAUCCAGCUGAAAGAUUUUGUUCCCCCCCCCAAGCUUAAUGAAGGUUUUUUGUAAGAAUAUUCAGUAAUAGUUUCAUAAACUUUUUUUUCAUUCUAUGUAGUUGCAAUAGAUAGUGCCUUUACUCAAGAUUUGCUAGUAUUUUCUGGAACAGUAGUUUUAACAUUUCCUAUCCCUCCUCUGAUAAGAAUGGCUUUAGUACAAUGGUAUGAGGGGCUACUGAUCCCACAAUUGUGAGCAGGGGAAAAAGAAACAGGCCAAAAAGACUAAAGAGUUACUUAAGCCAUGACUGUUUCUUUUUGCAGGAUGCUCUUGGACCAACAGCUUCUUUGUAGCACUACCUCAAAGUAAACUUGCAGAUCUAACUCAUAGGGAAGAUUCAUCAAAUGCUGAUGAUCCCUCUCAUUCCGCUGGAUUUUUUUUUUUUUUUUUUUGCCUUUGCCUUUUGUUUUGGCUCAUUUUUAACGAUGCAUAUUUAACUUCAGUGACUCAUGUUAAUAGACACUGUUUGUUUAAGUACAGCUGCAAGCAUUUGAGUCAUAAGUGUCAUUAAAAGCAUGUCACUAUAUAGGAAAUUGUUCUAAAUAAGUAAAAUGUAAGUAAAGUAAGUAAAUAAAACAGCAUAUGAAUUUACAGAGAGAAGCUGUAGCGUAGCUGCCUUUGACGCUCAUCUGGAAGAGAAAACGUUGUUUCAGGUUAUCUUAAUUUACUUAGCAUACAUCAGAAGGAGAAUCUUAUUUUAAAAUGGAGCAGCUCUUAUGAGUGUCCAGUGUAGGAGUAAUUUUAGUCAAUUCUUUGUGCGGAUGGGCUUUUAGAAGCUGGCAUUACUACUGAUAAAUGACCAUUAUUAAAAGGCACAAUUUAUAUCCCUUUGUGAAGCUUGUUCUUCCCAUAAUGGAUUCUUCUUCUCCUGGUGGAAGUCAUAGUUUACCACAAUAAUUGAUUCCUUGGCCAAAACGAUGACAAAUUCAGGCUAAAAUGUUACCUUCUUUGUAUUUUGCUGAUGGUACUGAUGUAAAUCUUUUUUGAUUAUAUUGAUACAGUUUUUUGACAUGUAUGUUGUGGAAAUAGAGCCUUGUACUAGAAUUGGCCUGCAAAUGUAACACACUAGCAGCUUACAAGAGAUGAGGUGGUUCUUACAGGUGCCUUCUAAAUGUGUUCCUUGUCCUGGCUGGCAUAAAGCAUUCCACUAGACAUAAAGUUGUAGUUAAGCUGGUAGGGGAGAAGGAGAAGACACUAGAGUUCUGAGGGUCCAUUUUAUGGAGAGAAAUACCUAGAAAGUAAUUCCCCUCUGUUGGGACUUCAGAAAUGGUCAUCUCAUUUAGAUGACCAUGAAGACUGGACUAAGGACUAACAGAUGGACUGAGAGCUUGCAAAUCCAGAGAGUUGGAAAGAUACCAGUGAUGUUAAAGUGUUCCAGUAUGAAACAAGAAGCAAAGACUUUACAGGGCAAAAAUCUCAAGAUUCUUCCUGAAAGCAAGGACUCUGCUGCUGCUGGGUUGCUUUCCUUGAGGCCUUCAGAACUGCUCUUACUGGUGUGAGCUCUCCUAAACCCUUGAGUUUGUGUGUGCUGUGAUGACUGUUUUUAUUUUUUUGGUGGAGAUGGGUGAAAGGGGUUGUGAAAUACUGUAUUAUGGCUCUGUCUUUCAUUGUUGAGUAUCUGCGAUAGACUCUGUGAUCACAGUCUCUCUUCUACAUCAGUGCGAGAGAAAACAUUUGUUACUACAUUGUGUUGCAUUUUGGGUGAUGAACAUUUUUAUUGACUUUCACCGAGGGUGAUUGAGAUGCACUGCUCAGCUCCAUUGUUAACAGAGUGCACCACAUAGGAUGUAGAACCAUAGUCUCAAAUUUUAAUUUUUAGUAGCAUAAAAAUUCAUAAGGAACUAAAAUACUUUACAUUUUCUUGAUUUGUAAUGGAAACCUAUCUUGUUUUGAGGUAGAGACAGCUGGGUUGAAGCUUAUCUUUUUCACCUGUUGGCCAAAAAUGAACUACAUUAAAGCUGGAGGUUGCCGUUU